AUGAGAUUGUUGGCUUCAUUUUUUGCUUUUGCCGCGGCGACAGAUGUUUUCGAGGAAUCAGUUCUUUCCCGAACAAAGCGACAGGCGGAAGUCGAGGAAGCUGACAUUCCAUGUGACGCGGGAGAGCUAGAAUAUGACGGCGUCUGCUAUGAAGACUCCGAAGAAAGCAGAGAACUCAUCGCGGAGCUGUCUCAAUUCGACUCUCCUUUAUUCAGAACUGGCCGAGGAAGAGGCCCAGGUGGUCCAGGCGAAACGCGAUCAAAAAACCGCUCCCAGAGGUUGACUCUUUUGGUUUCCAAGCUGCGAAAUUCGGAUGCGGCCAGAAUGCCUAAUGGAAAACCGAUGAAGCCGGCGCUCUUUUCUAAAAGGAUGAACAAUUACGGCUGCCACUGCUGGCCCGAUUAUCCACUCAACCAGAAUCUUUCUGGACAGGGAGCAUCUUUGGACGCUAUCGACUCAUCAUGCCACGAGCUUCAAGAUUGCCACACAUGCCUGAAGCAAGAAUACGGAGCGGACGCUUGCGACCCUGUUUCUACCCGCUACAAAGCCAGGCUCAUCAAGGGCGAAAUCGUCUGCAUGAACAGACCAACUGGCAAACAAGCUUGCAAGAGAAAUCUUUGCGAGUGCGACAAAAGUUUUCGAAUGACUUCGCUGCUGCUUUUGGCGUCUGGAGCUUAG